AUGGUGUUCCUCCGGCUUCUCCUUGCAUUCGCCGCGACCCCAUUCUUGGUCAAUGCUUCGAAGUACCCUUGCUCGGCUAUUGAAGACAACGUCGACUACCACGGCAACGAUAUUCGCCACACUCGCCGAGUGUCGGCCGAAUAUUGCUGCGACGACUGCGCCAAGACCGACAAGUGCCAAGUUUUCACGUGGACUGAUUAUGAAGGCGGUACUUGUUGGUUGAAGCACUCCAAGGGUGAAAAGAAGCUAGCCAUUGGAGCCAUGUCGGGGUCGAUUAAGUCGGAUCCCAUCCCGGACAAGUGCAGUUACAUCGAAGCCGACGUCGACUACCCCGGCAACGACAUCGCGUCUACUCGCCAGGCACACGCCGUGAGUUGCUGCGACGACUGUGCCAUGAAUCGUAGGUGUCAUUUUUUCACGUGGACCAACCACGAAGGUGGCACUUGUUGGUUGAAGAAGUCCAAGGGAAAAAAGAAGUACUUUCCUGGAGCCAAGUCAGGGUCAAUUGAAUCGCCUCCUAAGCCUGAACCCCCCUGCCCCGAGCCUUCUAAACCCGAGCCUCCUAAGCCUGAACCCCCCUGCCCCGAGCCCCCUAAACCCGAGCCUCCUAAGCCUGAGCCCCCCUGCCCCGAGCCUCCUAAACCCGAGCCUCCUAAACCCGAGCCCCCUGCGCCCGAGCCCCCUUGCAUUAUCCCGAACGUUCGUAAAGUUUAG